AAAUGUCAAACACAAGCUGUGGUGACUUUUCGUUGUUUCAUUUAAAAAGCGAGACGCGGUAUAAACACAGAACGAAGCAGCGUUUUCAUUACAAUUAUAUUACACCAAAAACGUGAAUAAAGAACCAAUUGAUUUAUAAUACGAGUUCUCGGCGGCAUUGUUGUUGGGUACAUAGUAAUAACAACGACGCAUAACGAAACCAACCACUGUGAAAAUGACAGACAUGGAGAAACUGGAAGUGCGUGAUAUCACGCGUAUCGAACGUAUCGGUGCUCAUUCUCAUAUUCGUGGACUGGGGCUCGACGAUGUUUUGGAGGCUAGAAAUGUGUCCCAAGGAAUGGUUGGUCAAAAAGAUGCUCGCCGUGCGGCCGGUAUUGUCGUAAACAUGGUUAGAGAGGGUAAAAUCGCUGGACGUUGCAUUUUAUUGGCUGGGGAACCGUCAACCGGUAAAACGGCUAUAGCGGUCGGAAUGGCUCAAGCAUUGGGAACAGAGACGCCGUUUACUAGCAUGUCUGGCUCGGAGAUUUAUUCGCUGGAAAUGAGCAAAACGGAAGCAUUGGCUCAAGCUUUGCGAAAGAGCAUCGGUGUUCGAAUCAAAGAGGAAACGGAAAUAAUCGAAGGUGAAGUGGUCGAGAUUCAGAUCGAUCGUCCAGCAACCGGAACGGGUCAAAAAAUUGGAAAAGUCACGCUAAAGACCACAGAAAUGGAAACGAAUUAUGAUCUGGGCAACAAAAUCAUUGAAUGCUUCAUGAAAGAGAAAAUUCAGGCCGGCGACGUGAUUACCAUCGACAAGGCUUCCGGCAAGGUCAGCAAAUUGGGCAGAAGUUUCACUAGAGCUCGCGACUAUGAUGCUACUGGCGCACAAACACGAUUCGUUCAAUGUCCUGAGGGCGAACUACAGAAGCGCAAAGAAGUCGUACACACGGUCACUCUGCACGAAAUUGAUGUGAUUAACAGUCGCACCCACGGAUUUUUGGCAUUGUUCUCGGGCGAUACGGGUGAAAUUAAGCAAGAGGUUCGUGACCAAAUCAACAACAAAGUGAUGGAAUGGCGUGAAGAGGGCAAAGCUGAAAUCAAUCCGGGUGUUCUGUUCCUUGACGAGGCACACAUGUUGGACAUUGAAUGUUUCUCGUAUUUGAAUCGGGCGCUUGAAAGCGAUAUGUCUCCGGUGGUUGUAAUGGCAACAAAUCGUGGUAUCACCAAAAUUCGAGGCACAAAUUACCGCAGUCCACAUGGUAUACCGAUCGAUUUAUUGGAUCGCAUGAUCAUCAUCCGAACAGUUCCAUAUUCCGAGAAGGAGGUCAAAGAAAUUUUGAAAAUUCGUUGCGAAGAGGAGGACUGCACGAUGAAUGCUGAUGCGUUGACUGUAUUGACACGGAUUGCAACAGAGACCAGCUUGAGAUAUGCCAUUCAAUUGAUCACAACUUCGAAUUUGGUGAGUCGACGACGUAAGAGUACGGCCGAAGUGCUCGUGGAGGAUGUGAAGAAAGUUUACUCGCUGUUUUUGGAUGAAAGUCGGUCCAGUCGCAUUCUCAAAGAAUUCCAGGACGAGUUUAUGUUUAGCGAAGUGACUGACAACAAAUCGGCUGCUAUGGAUUGCGAUGAGAAUUAAUUUGAAAUUAAAAUGUAUGAAGUGUUUGGUCAGUUUAUUCAAUAAAUCUAUGGAUUAUGUAAAAA